AGUUCACACAUCCGCGCGCACAUAUUCCAUUGAACUUCCUCUUCAGCUCAGCUGUCAGAGCGUAUACACACCAUUGCUCGAGGUGGCAAUAUCAUCUUUUUUAUUUAGGAUAUCAGGCAGGGCUUAAUCUGAAAUGGAGGGCCAGCGCUGGUUACCACUGGAAGCCAACCCAGAGGUUAUGAACCAAUUUUUACGGCAACUUGGCUUGGUACCCACCUGGCAGUUUGGGGAUGUGUACGGUUUGGAUGCUGAAGUUCUCAGUUUGGUGCCAAGGCCUGUUUGUGCUGUACUUUUGCUCUUCCCUAUAACAGAGAAGUAUGAAAGUUUUAGACAGGAGGAGGAGGCAAAAAUUAAGGCACAAGGACAAGAGGUGUCCUCAGAUGUGUACUUCAUGAAACAAACCAUUGGCAAUGCUUGUGGUACAAUAGGAUUAAUUCAUGCUGUGGCAAACAAUCAAAGGCAUCUGGAGUUUGAGCCCAAUUCACCGCUUAAGGCAUUUUUACUGCAGUCUGCAAAGAUGAGCCCAGAAGAAAAGGCUGCUUUCCUUGAAAAAGAUGAGAGUAUCCGAGUAACACAUGAGUCAAGUGCUCAGGAAGGACAAACAGAGGCUCCAAGUUUAGAUGAAAAAGUGGAUUUGCAUUUCAUUGCCUUUGUAAAUGUUGAAGGACAUUUAUAUGAACUGGAUGGACGCAAACCUUUUCCAAUUGUUCAUGGGAAAACCACAGAGGACACAUUUCUUGAGGAUUCUGCAGAGGUCUGCAAGAAGUUCAUGGCACGUGAUCCCCAGGAGCUCCGUUUCACUGUGGUGGCUCUUUCCAAAGCAUAAAUUUUCUUAUUUUACCUAAGAGAAAAACUGCCAAUCAUUCAGGAGUGCUGAAUACUUUAAACCUUUUUAGGUUCAGUUUUGACUUUGAAUAAAAAAAAGUUUGUUAAAGGUUUUGACCAUAACUGACAAAGCAAAUGAGAAGCAAAUUAGCUAAUAACAAAAAAGUGUACAUGCACAUAAAAAAUGUAUCUGAAUGUUUACAAAUCUGAUUGAAAUAAUGUGUGUUCAUUUCUCCAAAAUUAUAAAACUUUUUCUUUGUUAAUAUUAAUUCAUCUAAUGGUGGUUUUUCUGCCAGAAAGAUCCAUUUGAAAUAAAGGUUCUCCUGAUGAA